CUACUUCUAGCCCGGGGGGAGUUGUGUGGCGGUCACAAAGGACUGUAUUGUAAGACUGAUGGGGGAAGGAGGGGAACAGUCUGGUUGGGUUGACCCUAACAGGAGCAAGUUCUGCUUCCAUGCAAGUCCAGGUCCAAGGUCCCAGCGAGGGGCUGUGGGUAGCACCUGUCAGUCACACCCCACACAGCGGGCGGAUUAUCUGAGGAUUCCGAUCACCUCUCCUGUCGCUCAAGCCCCAGGGGCGGGACCUGGGGCACCAACCUGUCAGAGGCGCUGUGCGGCAAACUGUCCAAUCAGGUGCGCCGGGAGGAGGGGCAACUUCCAAAGCCGGAAGCGGUCUCAUUUCCCGCCGGCCCCUCAUUCGGGUCCGGAUUUUAGUUCCUCGGGGAGCCCCUGGUGCCCCGGAUACGGCAGAUUCUGUCGUGUGGGACCUGUUCUGGCUGCUCCAGCCCCAGGGAGGACCCAGGACACCCGGAAGCCGGAAAUGGACUCAGUGGCCUUUGAGGAUGUGGCUGUGAACUUCACCCAGGAGGAGUGGGCUUUGCUGAGUCCUUCCCAGAAGAAUCUCUACAGAGAUGUGACGCUGGAAACCUUCAGGAACCUGACCUCAGUCGGAAUCCAAUGGAAAGACCAGGACAUUGAGAAUCUGUACCAAAAUCUGGGGAUUAAGCUAAGAAGUCUGGUGGAGAGGCUCUGUGGACGUAAAGAAGGGAAUGAACACAGAGAAACUUUCAGCCAGAUUCCUGAUUGUCACCUGAACAAGAAAAGUCAUACUGGAGUGAAACCAUGCAAAUGCAGCGUGUGUGGGAAAGUCUUCCUCCGUCAUUCAUUCCUGGACAGGCACCUGAGAGCUCAUGCUGGACACAAACGAUCUGAGUGUGGUGGGGAAUGGAGAGAGACGCCCCGUAAACAGAAACAACAUGGGAAAGCCUCCAUUUCCCCCAGUAGUGGUGCACGGCGCACAGUAACACCAACUCGAAAGAGACCUUAUGAAUGCAAGGUGUGCGGGAAAGCCUUUAAUUCUCCCAAUUUAUUUCAAAUCCAUCAAAGAACUCACACUGGAAAGAGGUCCUAUAAAUGUAGGGAAAUAGUGAGAGCCUUCACGGUUUCCAGUUUCUUUCGAAAACAUGGAAAAAUGCAUACUGGAGAAAAACGCUAUGAAUGUAAAUACUGUGGAAAACCUAUCGAUUAUCCCAGUUUAUUUCAAAUUCAUGUUAGAACUCACACUGGAGAAAAACCUUACAAAUGUAAACAAUGUGCUAAAGCCUUCAUUUCCGCAGGUUACCUUCGGACACAUGAAAUCAGAUCUCACGCGCUGGAGAAAUCCCACCAAUGUCAGGAAUGUGGGAAAAAACUCAGUUGUUCCAGUUCCCUUCACAGACAUGAAAGAACUCAUAGUGGAGGAAAACUCUAUGAAUGUCAAAAAUGUGCCAAAGUCUUUAGAUGUCCCACGUCCCUUCAAGCACAUGAAAGAGCUCACACUGGAGAAAGACCUUAUGAAUGUAAUAAAUGUGGUAAAACCUUCAAUUAUCCCAGUUGUUUUCGAAGACAUAAAAAAACUCAUAGUGGAGAAAAGCCAUAUGAAUGUACAAGGUGUGGUAAAGCCUUUGGGUGGUGCAGUUCCCUCCGAAGACAUGAAAUGACUCACACUGGAGAAAAACCCUUUGAUUGUAAACAGUGUGGUAAAGUCUUUACUUUUUCAAAUUACCUUAGACUUCAUGAAAGAACUCAUUUGGCCGGGCGUAGCCAGUGCUUUGGCAGGAGGCAGGGGGAUCACCUGAGCCCAGGAGUUUGAGACUAGCCUGGGCAACAUAAGAAGGCCCCAUAUCGGCUGGGUACGGUGGCUCACGCUUGUAAUCCCAGCACUUUGGGAGGCUGAGGCGGGUGGAUCACCUGAGGUCAGGAGUUCAAGACCAGCCUGGCCAACAUGGUGAAACCCCGUCUCUACUAAAAAUACAAAAAAAUUAACUGGGCAUGGUGGUGGGCACCUGUAAUCCCAGCUACUCGGGAGGCCGAGGCAGGAGAAUCGCUUGAACCUGGGAGGUGGAGGUUGCAGUGAGCCGAGAUCACGCCAUUGCACUCCAGCCUGGGCGACAAAAGUGAGACUCCAUCACACACACACACAAAAAAGCCCCAUAUCGCCUGGUGGCUCAUGCCUGUAAAACCAGCACUUUGGGAAGCCGAGGUGGGUGGAUCAUGAGGUCCAGAGAUGGAGACUAUCUUGGCCAACAUGGUGAAACCCCAUCUCUUCUAAAAAUACAAAAAUUAGCCAGGCGUGGUGGUGUGUGCCUGUAGUCCCAGCUACUCGGGAGGCUGAGGCAGGAGAAUUGCUUGAACCAGGGACUUGGAGGUUGCAGUGAGCCAAGAUCGCGCCGCUGCACUCCAGCCUGGUGACAGAGCGAGACUUCGUCUCAAAACAAACAAAAAAAAGAAGGCCCCGUAUCUCCAAAGAAAAAAAAAAUUAACUGGGUGAGGUGGUGCAUCCCUGUAGUUCUAGCUGCUCAGAAAGCUGAGGUGGGAGGAACCCUUGAGCCUGGGAGGUUGAGGCUGCAGUGAGCUGAGAUCGUGCCACUACACUCCAGCCUGGAUGACGGUGACACUCUGUCUCAGAAAAAAAGGGAAAGAAAUAAUUCUCAUUUAUACAGGAGAGAAAUCCUAUGAAUGUAAGGAAUAUGGGAAUACAUUCAGUUUCCAAAGAUAUGAAAAGACUAACUGGAAAAAAAUCCAAAGACCUCAGAUAUUCCAGUUCUAUUCAGAGCCAUAAAAGGACUCAUACUGGAGAAAAAUUGUAGAAAUGUACAGAAUAUGGGGAAACUCUCAUUGCUCUCAUCUCCAUUCAAAGACACGUGUCAGUGCACACUGGAGAUGGAUGGUAUGAAUCGAAGAAUACACACUGGAUGGAAACGUUAGUAGUUUGGAAAAUACAGGAAACUUCAAUUUUAACAAUAAUUAAAAUUCACAUGGGCUGUGCACAGUGGCUCUCGCCUGUAAUCCCAGCAUUUUGGGAGGCUGGGGUGGGUAGAUUGCUUGAGGCCAGGUAUUCAAGACCAGCCUGGCAACCUGGAGAAAUCCCAUGUAUACAAAAAAUAGAAAAGUUAGCCAGGGAUGAUGGUGUUCGCCUGUAGUCCCAGCUACUCAGGAAGCUGAGGUGGGAGGAUUGCUUGAGUUUGGGAGGUCGAGGUUGCAGUGAGUGGAGAUUGCGCCACUGGACUCCAGCCUGGGCGACAGCGAGACCCUGUCUAAAAAAUUAAUCAUGUGAGAACAUCCACUCGAAAGAAAUCCUAUAAACGUAAGUAAUUUUGAAAGCCUGAUGCAAAUUAAUUAUUAUAUAAUGCUCAAAAACUUAAUCAUGAAUGAGUUAUUACACAAAGUUAUAUAGCAUUUAUCAGUGGCUCAUUCUUUUUUCUUUUUUUUUUUUUUUGAGAUGGAGUUUUGCUCUGUCGCCCAGGCUGGAGUGCAGUGGCACAAUCUCGGCUCACUGCAACCUCCGCCUCCUGGGUGCGAGCAAUUUUCCUGCCUCAGCCUCCUGAGUAACUGGGAUUAUAAGCACAUGCCACCACACCUGGCUAAUUUUUUUGUAUUUUUAGUAGAGAUGGGGCUUCACCAUGUGGUUCAGGCUGGUCUCAGACUCCUGACCUUGUGAUCCGCCCUCCUUGGCCUCCCAAAGUGCUGAGAUUACAGGUGUGAGCCACCGCGCCUGGCCUUUUUUUUUUUUUUUUCCUGAGACACAGUCUCACUCUGUUGCCCAGGCUAGAGUGUAGUGGCGCGAUCUUGACUCACUGUAGCCUCUGACUUCUGGGUUCAAGCAAUUCUCCUGCUUCAGUCUCCGAAGCAUCUGGGAUUAUAGGCGCACGCCACCAUGCCCAGCUAAAUUUUUGGUAUUUUUGUAGAAACGGUUUUUCCACAUUGGCCAGGCUGGUCUUGAACUCCUGACCUCAAGGAAUCCAUCCUCUUCAGCCUCGCAAAGUGCUGAGAUUAUAGGCAUGAGACACCUUGCCCGGCCCCUGUGACUCAUUCUUAAAAAGGAUCUUUGGAUUAUGGGUUUCCACUUUUGCAAGGAAAUGUGAGAAUGAUACUCUUUAAGCAGUGGUACCUGAGGUUUAAUAGGAAGUGUUUUUAUCCUAAGUUAGUUAAUAAAAUUUUUUUCUAUCCAUUUUAGUUUUCAUUUUUUUUCUAUCCAUCUUAAAGUGUUGGAUCUGUGGGUGAAGUGAAAUUUAUUUCUAAUAUGUAAGCAGGUUUAAUUUUUAUGUAGUGUUUAAUUGUUCUGUGAUGAAUGGGCCAUUACAAAAUGAGUCUAUUUUUGUUUGUUUUCUUUUGUUUUUGAGACUGAGUCU